CCGCGCGCCGCCCUGGGCCCCAGGCUCCAAACGCGCAGGCGCCGCGGCCAUGCUGAGCGCCGCGUCUCGCGCUGUGCCACGCGCUGCUCUCCGCUGCGCGCGUCGCUCCCCGCCGCCCGAGGCCCGCGCGCUCGCCAUGUCCCGGACAUCGCCACCGCGGGCCGCCACGGUGCUGGGCACCAUGGAGAUGGGGCGCCGCAUGGGCCCGCCUGCCAGCGCCGCGGCCGUGCGCACCUUCCUGGAGCGCGGCCACACGGAGCUGGACACGGCCUUCAUGUACAGCGACGGCCAGUCCGAGACUAUCCUGGGCGGCCUGGGGCUUGGGCUGGGCGGCGGCGACUGCAGAGUGAAAAUUGCCACCAAGGCCAACCCUUGGGAUGGAAAAUCACUAAAGCCUGAGAGUGUUCGGUCCCAGCUGGAGACGUCAUUGAAGAGGCUGCAGUGCCCCCGAGUGGACCUCUUCUACCUACAUGCACCUGACCACGGUACCCCAGUGGAAGAGACGCUGCGCGCCUGCCACCAGCUGCACCAGGAGGGCAAGUUCGUGGAGCUUGGCCUCUCCAACUAUGCCUCCUGGGAAGUGGCUGAGAUCUGUACCCUCUGCAAGAACAACGGCUGGAUCCUGCCCACUGUGUACCAGGGCAUGUACAACGCCACCACCCGGCAGGUGGAACUGGAGCUCUUCCCCUGCCUCAGAUACUUUGGACUGAGGUUCUAUGCCUACAACCCUCUGGCUGGGGGCCUGCUGACUGGCAAGUACAAAUACGAGGACAAGGACGGGAAACAGCCCGUGGGCCGCUUCUUUGGGAAUAGCUGGGCUGAGACCUACAGGAAUCGCUUCUGGAAGGAGCACCACUUCGAGGCCAUUGCCCUGGUGGAGAAGGCCCUGCAGGCCGCGUAUGGUGCCCGCGCCCCCAGCAUGACCUCGGCUGCCCUCCGGUGGAUGUACCACCACUCACAACUGCAGGGUGCCCACGGGGACGCAGUCAUCCUGGGCAUGUCCAGCCUGGAGCAGCUGGAGCAGAACUUGGCAGCGGCGGAGGAAGGGCCCCUGGAGCCGGCUGUCGUGGACGCCUUUCAUCAAGCCUGGCAUUUGGUUGCCCACGAAUGUCCCAGCUACUUCCGCUAGGCCCAUUGUGGCUCAGGCCGCCCCAGGCUUUUCCGUCACCUCUUCUGUUUUCUCGUGCUGACCAGACUUGGCCUUAAACUGAUUUAGCAGAGUCUUUCUGGAUUGUCUGGAUCCGUGCAUUAUUUUUCUAACUUCCUGUCUUGCUCCCUGUUCCCUUUACGCUGUGAAAGGCAGGGGUGAGUCCCACUUGGGCAUUUCCUGUUGAAUAAAGCAGGCACUUGACCUGGC